CGAAAGCAUUGAGCGACAUCGAGUCAAGCAGUGCCGCAGAUUUGUUCGAGUUGCUGCAGGCAUCAGAUCGCGUGCUACAAAGCUGAACACAAGAGUUCCGGUUUAACCGCCGGCACGAUGAAACGUGUCUGAACAAGUUCAGACCGGUGAUUUUUGGAAGUUGUCUUGGAACCUGCCAAGGCCUUAUUCAUUCAUACCUAACAUUGUAAAUGGUGAAAGAUCCUAAAGAAUAAGGACUAUACCAAUUCGGAAGGAAGGAAAGAAGGAAGGCUGAACACAAUAUCGCAAUGUUACUGCACAUUGUCGUCAUCAGACGAUUCGUCUCUGCAACGAUGAGUAUGUCGAUUCGACAUCAGUGAAUACCUCGACUCAACAACGUCUCAGCGUUCAUUCUAAUAACACGGUGGUUGUUCUCCAGUUCUCGAAUCGGUUGACACACAUACACACGCACAUAUAUACACGUGUAUACAUCACCGCCGCAGUGCUGCGAGUGCAUUGCGACGGGGCAGAGCACUACAGAGGCAGCGUCUCGCGCGAAAGAGCGGCAGUCGGUACGCUGACAUUAUGACCCGCGGCAGGCCCGGGCGCGAACGUUUAUCGCCAGCGACGAAGAUCGACGACGCGGCAGCGGUGGCGGCGGCGGCAACGCGAUAAACGCGACAGGCAGUAGUAUAGCCGCGAUUACAUAUACGCCACUCCGUGCUUCGGCGUGGACGAGCACAAGCGGGGGCAGGAACGACGCGGAGGAAGCUAUCUGCUGGCUGGCUAUCUGCGAGAGCCAGCGAGGGCGCGAGGCCACGACCCUGAGCUCGAUACGCGUAACGAGACGCGUGGAGGAGCUCCGUAUAUGAGAGUAGUAGUGGUGAACGGUAGCGAAGACUGCAACAGAAUCUCAAAGUCUCCGUAGCUAGUGGACGGUCGACAACAGAGAGGUGCGAAGAGAAGGAGCAGCAGCGACGAGAGUGAGCGGGAGACACGCGUCGUAGUCUCCUCCGUGGUGUCAUCGUCGAGCUGGUGAGGACGGCCGCAAAGCAACGGCCGGCUGACAGACGGGCGGAAAGAGCGCGCGGUUGUGAAAGAGUGAGAGAGAGGGAGAGAGCGGGCUAUCACGAUCUGAAAGGUCGUGGGUUCAUGAUCGUCCCGUUACGGAAUGACGAUCUGACGGCGCGUCUGGUACGUCGCGCGGCGGUAUCUUCCCGGAGCGCCGCGAAAAUCAUCGACAGCGGCGAGUGGUAGUCUGUCGUUCACCACCGUCGUCGUCAUCAUCGCCCGUCGCUCGUCGCUCGCAAACAACACGCGCACGCAGUCAUCGGAGGAGACGCGGAAGCGGAGAGAGGAGCUCUCUCUCUCUUCCUUGGAGCAUUCACGCGUGACCAUCAUCCUGUGCCGCUGAUCUGUUCGCGGCGUCUUCGCCAGCGAGUGGGAACGCGGGAGACGCAGAGCAGUAGUGCGUGUGGUCGGUACACCUUUCGUGUAUGACAGAUAUCUGAUAACGUAUAUACAUAUAUAUAUACAUACAUAUCGUGUAUACGUUGCAUUCACGUACGCACGCGAAAAGCAAACUCCCCGAAGCGAGAGACUCCGCGGGACAAGAUGCCGCUCUUCGGGAAGAAGGACUCUAACAAGAAGAUCAAGAAGGACGGCAAAGACGACCGAUCGCCCUCCGUCGAAGACAAGUAUGUCCUGAAGGACCUGCUGGGCACGGGGGCAUUCUCCGAGGUGAGGCUAGCGGAAAGUAAGGAAAAACCCGGACAAAUGUUUGCCGUGAAGAUCAUCGACAAGAAGGCGCUGAAGGGCAAGGAGGAUUCGUUAGAGAACGAAAUCAAAGUUCUGCGAAGGUUCAGUGAAAGUGUGACACCACAGAGUGGUGAUGGAUCGCUCAAGUCGGAUAGUAGUGGCGAAAGAAAAUGGUUAACACACCCAAAUAUUGUUCAAUUACUGGAAACGUUUGAGGAUAAACAUAAAGUCUACUUAGUUAUGGAACUGGUCACUGGUGGAGAACUAUUCGACAGAAUCGUUGAGAAGGGUUCCUAUACAGAGAAAGACGCAUCUGGCUUAAUAAGACAGGUACUCGAGGCCGUCGACUAUAUGCACGAUCAAGGUGUCGUUCACAGAGAUCUGAAGCCAGAGAAUCUCCUAUACUAUAGUCCAGAUGAGGAUAGUAAAAUUAUGAUCAGCGAUUUUGGCCUAUCGAAGAUGGAAGAUUCUGGGAUUAUGGCGACCGCUUGCGGUACGCCGGGAUAUGUCGCACCCGAAGUUUUGGCACAGAAACCGUACGGCAAAGCAGUGGAUGUCUGGAGCAUAGGGGUUAUUUCGUACAUCCUCUUGUGCGGAUAUCCUCCGUUUUAUGACGAGAAUGACGCCAAUUUGUUCGCACAAAUUCUGAAAGGUGAAUUUGAAUUUGACUCACCAUACUGGGACGAUAUCAGUGAUUCGGCGAAGGAUUUCAUUCACAAGCUGAUGUGCGUCAACGUUGAUGAGCGUUACACCUGCAAGCAAGCCCUUGCACAUCCCUGGAUAUCCGGCAACGCAGCUAGCAAUAAGAACAUUCAUGGUACAGUAUCGGAACAACUUAAAAAGAAUUUUGCCAAGUCAAGAUGGAAGCAAGCGUAUCAUGCGGCAACGGUUAUACGUCAAAUGCAACGGCUGGCGCUCAACAGCGGCCAGCAGCAGCAGCAACAACAGCAGCAGCAGCAGCAGCAGCAAUUGCAACAGCAGCAGGGCACAGGCUCGACCGGGCUUUCCAGCGGCAAUUCCAUGCAAUAUCGAGAGCAGUCGCAGAUCAACACCAAUUAUCAGCACACGCCGCUGGGGCCGUCGGGCAAUCUCAACUGAAACCACCGCGCGAACCGUUGCUCAUGUCAACAAGCGUGAUGUUCUCGAAUCUCACUCGCAUUCCAGUCGCUCUCACCAAAAACAACAACAACAACAACAACAACAACUCCUCACAACGCUCACCAUACAUGUGCGAACAAGACUUCAA